UUAAUAAUGAAAGUAAUAAAUAAAAUAAGGGGUAUUAUAGUCAAUGUACAUAAAAACCCUAACCCUAUUCCUCGACUCAUAUUCUCUUUCAUCCUCCGACCUAUUUUCGUUGCUUCUCUCAACAAACUCGUCCAAUCCCAAUGGCUUCGGAGAAGAAACUUUCGAACCCCAUGAGGGAAAUCAAGGUUCAGAAACUCGUCCUUAACAUCUCCGUUGGUGAAAGUGGCGAUCGUCUCACCAGAGCCGCUAAGGUGUUGGAACAGCUCAGUGGCCAAACCCCAGUGUUUUCAAAAGCAAGAUACACUGUCCGUUCCUUCGGUAUUAGAAGAAAUGAAAAGAUCGCAUGCUAUGUCACUGUUAGAGGUGACAAGGCAAUGCAGCUUUUGGAGAGUGGUUUGAAGGUGAAGGAAUAUGAACUGCUGAGAAGAAACUUUAGUGAUACUGGGUGUUUUGGCUUUGGUAUUCAGGAGCAUAUUGAUUUAGGAAUCAAGUAUGAUCCUUCAACUGGUAUUUAUGGAAUGGACUUCUAUGUUGUUCUAGAGCGCCCUGGUUAUCGUGUGGGACGUCGUCGUCGUUGCAAGGCUCGUGUUGGAAUCCAACAUCGGGUCACAAAGGACGAUGCUAUGAAGUGGUUCCAGGUGAAAUAUGAAGGUGUGAUCCUCAACAAGUCACAGGCGAUUGUUUAGUUAUAUAGGCUAAAUUUCUUAAUUAUAAUAUGAUGUUUAAAUUUAUUGAACAUUUUUGUGUCUGGUUAUAUGGACUGUGUAAAGGUAUUUCUAAUCCUUUAUUUUUGUUGUCUCAAUUAUGGAUUGAAUAUUCUAAGUUUUGCAUUCAUCUAUGUUUGGAGAACAUGUUUAAAAUUCUUGCAUUUUCUUUUGGAUUUAUGGUC